ACAUCGUGCAGUACUUUUCUUUGGAGCGUCAGUGCAUCUUGAGUUACCGUUUGACCAACAUGGCCACCAGAGCUGAAUCUCACCUGAAACAAGAGGAGGGAGACAGUGGGCGCGGAGAGAAGGAUUUUCCUACCCACAAGUGCGGUGAAUGUGGCAAGAAGUUUCGUUACCUGAGUCACCUGAAGAGGCACUUGAGGACUCACACGGGCGAGAAACCGUACCGAUGUGAGGAAUGUAACAAAGGCUUCAGUCUGCUGAGUAAUCAGAAGAAACACAUGCUGACUCACACCUGUGAGAAACCGUAUCAAUGUGAGGAAUGUAGCAGGUGGUUUGGUAGGCUGGGUGAACUUAAGACGCAUAUGCGGAUUCACAGAGGUGAGAAACCUUACCGAUGUGAGGAACGUAACAAAAGCUUUAGUCAGCUGAGUCAUCUGAAGCGACACAUGCGGACUCACACAGGUGAGAAGCCGUAUCAGUGCGAGGAAUGUAGCAAGUGGUUCGUUACGCUGGUCCAACUGAGGUCUCAUAUCAGAACCCACACCGGUGAGAAACCGUACAGGUGUGAGGAGUGCAGCAGGCAGUUCAGUGAGCUGACUAAUCUGAAGAACCACAUGCGUAUUCAUACAGGUGAAAAACCGCACAGAUGUGAGGAGUGCAGCAGGCAGUUCAGUGCCAUUGGUAAUCUGAAGAACCACAUGAUAACUCACACUGGAGAGAAACCGUACCGAUGUGAGGAGUGCAGUAGGCAAUUCAGCAGGCUGAGUACUUUGAAGCAACACAUGCGGACUCACACAGGUGAGAAACCGUUCAGGUGUGAGGAUCGGAGUGCGGCAAGCAGUUAACUACAAGGUCACACUAAUGAAACGCGAGCGAACUCACGCUGGUGAGAAACCGCAAGUCUAAACAAUGUAACAAAAUCUUUGUGAACAAAAGCUUCACCACCAAAUGUUUUGCCAGCAGUUUCUGACUUCAAGCAUCUAGUUUCAAUUUUGAAAACGGUCAAACGUUUCAGGUAGCAUCUACUAACCCUCCAGUUUCCUGAUGUAAAGAUUACUAUUAUGUGGUAUCAUUUAAGUCACUAGUAAGGUUUGUAGAUCUCUUUUAGCACCGUGACCUUUUUUUCUGUUUUCUUUCAGUAGUUUACCAUUGUAAAAUUACGAAUGCAUGCUCCGUAGCCUGUUGAUUGGAACUA